AGAGGUUAUAGUGUGAUAGACCUUUUGCGUCUCGCAUCAGCAAAUCGUUGCCGCCGCUACGCUAUUCCCUGUGCACGCAGAUUGGACUUGUCUUCUUCUUCUUCUCGCUCUACCGCCGCGGGUUUGGGGGAAGCUCGUGCGGAGAGUAAUCGCCGGAGCGGCUUCCGACCGACGGAUCCGAGUGUCUGAAAUCAGCGUGAUUUGCAGCUUCUAAACCAUUUUUCACCAUGCCGAGUCUGAGAAGUGUCUCUGCCGUUAAGCUAAUCACAUACUCUGAGGAGCUUGUGGAUGGAAAACCAUUGUAUGCUUCUUCCAACUCUCUUCCUGUGAAGGCUCUAAACCGCGAGCCUGCUGGUCAUGCCUUCCAUUCUGCUGCUCUUAAACUCCAUGGUUGUGCAGAGGAGCCCACAGACAGUGAAGGUGAUGACAAGAAAGUGGGAGAUGAUAAAGAGAAGGAAUAUGUUCCUUCAUUCAACUCAUAUUCUAACAAAGGAAAGAAGAAGUCUGGUACACAACAGCAAGACCACUAUGCCUUGUUGGGGUUGAGCAACUUGAGAUAUCUUGCAACAGAAGAUCAGAUUAGGAAAAGCUACCGUGAAGCUGCGUUGAAGCAUCAUCCCGAUAAGCUCGCUAGUCUCCUUUUGACAGAGGAGACUGAAGAAGCCAAGGAGGCGAAGAAAGAGGAGAUAGAGUCUCGCUUCAAAGCAAUUCAAGAAGCUUAUGAGGUGCUGAUGGAUCCAAUAAAGAGGAGGAUUUUUGACUCAACCGAUGAGUUUGAUGACGAGGUCCCAACGGAUUGUGCCCCACAAGACUUUUUCAAGGUGUUUGGUCCAGCUUUUAAGAGAAAUGCUAGGUGGUCUGUGAAUCAGCGUAUACCGGAUUUGGGAGAUGAGAACACAAAGCUGAAAGAUGUUGACAGGUUCUACAACUUCUGGUACGCUUUCAAGAGUUGGAGGGAGUUUCCUGAUGAAGAAGAGCAUGAUCUUGAACAAGCAGAUUCCCGUGAAGAACGGAGGUGGAUGGAGAAGGAGAAUGCAAAAACAACCGCCAAGGCUAGAAAGGAGGAACAUGCUAGGAUCCGGACUCUUGUUGACAAUGCGUAUAGAAAGGACCCUAGAAUUGUGAAAAGAAAAGAGGAAGAAAAGGCUGAGAAGCAACAGAAGAAAGACGCAAAGCUUAUGGCUAAGAAAAAGCAGGAAGAGGAAGCUGCUAUUGCUGCUGCAGAAGAGAAGAGGCGAAAAGAAGAAGAAGAAAAGCGAGCAGCAGAAUCUGCACAGCAACAAAAGAAAGCUAAGGAGAAGGAGAAGAAGCUCAUACGCAAAGAACGUAACCGUCUCAGAACCCUCUCAGCUCCUCUGGUGGCUCAGCGUCUGCUUGACAUCUCUCAGGAAGAUAUAGAGAAUCUAUGCAUGACACUUAAUAUCGAGCAGUUGCAGAAUCUAUGUGAUAAGAUGGGAAACAAAGAAGGGCUAGAGUUGGCUAAGGUGAUCAAAGAUGGGUGCAGCAACAGUAGCAGAGACCAAGAAGCCAUCUCUAAAGAAAAAGAAAGUGAGAAAACUAACGGUAGCGGCGCAGAGCGAGUUUCUUCUGUGUUAGAGAGUACUGUGAAGAAACAACCAUGGAGUAAGGAAGAGAUUGAUAUGCUGAGAAAAGGAAUGAUAAAAUAUCCAAAGGGGACAUCUCGGAGAUGGGAAGUUAUAUCAGAGUACAUCGGUACAGGAAGAUCCGUGGAAGAGAUUCUGAAAGCAACCAAGACCGUACUUCUCCAAAAACCAGAUUCUGCCAAAGCAUUUGACUCGUUCCUCGAGAAGAGGAAACCCACUGCUACAAUCGCUUCCCCUCUCUCCACAAGAGAGGAGCUCGGAGAAUCUCUACCGGCCACAGCAAAAGUUAAACCACCCUCUAAGGAGCCCAUUGUUGGUCAAAGCUCAGACAGCAACGGUGAAGCAAGUGGGAGUUCAGACACAGAUGGUUGGUCAGCUGUACAAGAGAGAGCUUUGGUUCAGGCUUUGAAGACAUUCCCUAAAGAGACAAGCCAAAGAUGGGAGAGAGUAGCUGCUGCUGUUCCUGGGAAGACGGUAAUUCAAUGCAAGAAGAAGUUUGCAGAGCUUAAGGAGAUUAUCAGAAGCAAGAAAACCGGUGUCUAA